UUUAAGAGCAUAACAGUUUUAUAGACCACCUACAGGCAUUAAGAUAUGAUAUAUACUGUACGUCUUUUAUUCAUAAGCAGGGAAUAUACUGACGUGCGAUUUGCUAUUCUGAUGAUAUUUGUAUACCAGAGGCUUCGUUUAUUUAAACUGGAACGCUCCCUUUAGCAGAAAAGGAAUUCGGUUUAUUUUAAGACCUAUCGACUUAUAUAGCAAACGCGGAGAAGGGGAAUCCGACCUGAUGCAAAACACCGCAGUUGAAAGACCUCCGUAACCUUCUUUCAAUUCGACCAGCGGCUUCCCUCUUCAGGUACACAGCAUAUGCGCAUUCUGUCCCAUCUUCACACUUAGUGAGAGAGCCGAGACUAAACGAAGCAGAGAGAAACAGCUUAAAAACCGAAAUGGAAAUAACGCGGACUGUCAGUGCGCAUCUUAAGGGUAUUGAGGCUACUGUCUUUCUCUGUUCAAAAAAUGAGUGAAACACAGCAAACGAUUUAUCUGCAGAUACGUCUUACUAAACUUAAUUUAUGUUUUGUUUCACGUUUUCAUUCAAUUUUCCUUAUAAACCAGUAACCUAAAAAUUGUGUUGCGCUCUAAGUGGACUGCUUAAGGAGAUAAUGGGAACGAACUGGAAAAAAGGAAAGCAUCUUUUGAAGCCUGUCAUCUGUUGCACGAUAAAAACGAGAACUAUUGCAGGGAGCUAAUUGUUAGACAUCUUAAUUGUUUCCCCAAAUCAAAAAAAGAACAAUAAUGGUGUAUAUUACGAUAAAUUAUUUGGAAAACACUGAUUUCAUCCUGUGAAGGAUUUUCCUGAAUGUUAAUUCUUAUUUCACUUUACGAGUGCCCGUUGCGCAUUUCAUUGGAAAAAACAACUCAAAAUUACCUUUAAAAAUAUUUCCUCGGAAGCCUCAGCAGAUUCACCAAGAGAACCUGUGUGAGAUGGCAUGAACGAUGGCUCAGCUGUAUUACAAAAGGACGGACAAUUCUUCCUACAGAGACCGUAUUCCUCUCCGGAUAGUGCGAGCCGAGUCUGAGCUCUCCCCUGCGGAGAAAGCCUACCUUAGUGCUGUAGAGAAGGGGGACUAUGCCAGUGUGAAGCAGGCACUAGAGGAGGCUGAAAUCUAUUUCAAAAUCAAUAUUAACUGCAUUGAUCCUCUUGGCAGAACAGCUUUGCUCAUAGCCAUCGAAAACGAGAACCUUGAGAUCAUUGAGCUCCUGCUGAGCUUCAAUGUGUAUGUUGGAGAUGCUCUUCUCCAUGCCAUUCGGAAGGAAGUAGUUGGGGCUGUGGAACUACUGCUUAACCAUAAGAAACCCAGUGGAGAAAAGCAGGUUCCACCAAUACUUUUGGACAAGCAGUUUUCGGAUUUUACACCUGACAUUACCCCCAUCAUUUUGGCUGCGCACACCAAUAACUAUGAGAUAAUAAAGCUAUUGGUACAGAAGGGGGUUUCUGUGCCCCAGCCGCAUGAAGUGCGGUGCAACUGUGUGGAGUGUGUCUCCAGCUCAGAUGUUGACAGCCUACGCCACUCACGUUCCCGGCUCAAUAUCUAUAAGGCCCUGGCCAGUCCUUCUUUAAUCGCCCUCUCCAGCGAAGAUCCCUUUCUCACGGCCUUCCAGCUGAGCUGGGAGCUGCAGGAGCUCAGCAAAGUGGAAAAUGAGUUCAAAUCGGAGUACGAGGAGCUCUCCCAUCAGUGCAAACAGUUUGCCAAGGACCUCCUGGAUCAGACAAGGAGCUCAAGAGAAUUAGAAAUGAUUCUGAAUUUCCGGGAUGAUACGAACCUGCUGGAAGAUGAGAACAAUAACGAUCUGGCAAGAUUAAAGCUAGCAAUUAAGUACCGUCAGAAAGAGUUCGUGGCACAGCCAAACUGCCAGCAACUUCUCGCCUCUCGCUGGUAUGAUGAGUUCCCUGGGUGGAGAAGACGCCACUGGGCAGGAAAGUUCCUGACCUGCGUUUUCAUUGGACUGAUGUUUCCAGUCUUCUCCAUUUUCUACCUGAUUGCCCCCAAAAGCCGAUAUGGACUUUUCAUUCGGAAGCCAUUCAUAAAGUUUAUAUGUCACACGGCUUCGUACUUAACUUUCCUUUUCUUGCUGCUCCUGGCAUCGCAACACGUUGUAAAGACAGAGCCAAACAGACAGGGGCCCGCACCAACUACUGUGGAGUGGAUGAUUCUGCCUUGGGUUUUAGGAUUUAUAUGGACAGAAAUAAAACAGAUGUGGGAUGGAGGUCUUCAAGAUUACAUUCAUGAUUGGUGGAACCUCAUGGACUUUGUAAUGAACUCUUUGUACCUGGCAACAAUCUCUCUUAAAAUUGUGGCAUAUGUGAAGUACAGUGACUGUAAGUCUCGGCAACAGUGGGAAAUGUGGCAUCCUACCCUCGUGGCUGAGGCAGUCUUUGCUAUAGCGAACAUCUUCAGCUCACUGCGACUGAUCUCACUGUUCACUGCAAACUCACAUCUUGGACCUCUGCAGAUCUCCCUCGGGAGAAUGCUGCUGGACAUUCUGAAGUUCCUUUUUAUAUACUGCCUGGUAUUGUUAGCCUUUGCCAAUGGGUUAAACCAGUUAUACUUUUAUUACGAGACAGAACCUUCGAAGGAGAACAAUUAUUGCAAAGGAAUCCGGUGCGAAAAGCAGAACAAUGCAUUUUCGACGCUGUUUGAGACCUUGCAAUCUUUGUUCUGGUCCAUAUUCGGAUUGAUUAGCCUUUAUGUGACAAAUGUCAACGCUCAACACGAGUUCACGGAGUUUGUGGGAGCUACGAUGUUUGGAACUUAUAACGUGAUCUCUCUGGUGGUCUUACUCAACAUGCUUAUAGCCAUGAUGAACAACUCUUACCAACUUAUUGCUGAUCAUGCUGACAUAGAAUGGAAAUUUGCAAGAACAAAGCUUUGGAUGAGCUACUUUGAAGAAGGGGGGACUCUGCCUGCUCCUUUCAAUAUCAUCCCCAGCCCUAAGUCAGUUUGGUACCUGAUUAAAUGGAUUAAGAGACACAUCUGCAAAAACGCAAGAGCUAAAAGACCAGAAAGUCUCGGAUCACUAGGCAGACGUGCAGCUGAAAAUCUGAGAAUCAAUCACCAGUACCAGGAGGUGCUCAGAAAUCUUGUCAAAAGAUAUGUUGCAGCUAUGAUCAGAGAUGCAAAGACAGAGGAAGGACUCACUGAAGAAAAUUUCAAGGAGUUGAAACAAGAUAUAUCAAGUUUCCGCUAUGAGGUUCUUGGGUUAAUGAAGGGGAACAAGAGCUCAAUGCCUGGAAGUAAACUGAACAUAGGGGCCUCUAACCUACCACACUCUGAGGAGCAAUUUAAAUAUUCCCCUGCAGUGAGUGAUGCUCAGCCAAAGAGCAAACUUAACCUUUAUAAUGUAACUACUCUGCUUCAGCAAAGCUCAGGCUCCAAAGCUUCUGAAACCUACAAUGGCCUGAUAAAUGGGUCUGCAAUUUUGGUCUCUGAAUCAUCACGGGAAAAGGGUCAAAGGAAGGAUUUCCCAAAAGACAUUUCAAAUUUUGCACUUUUCCAUAGGCGUCAAAAAGUAACCAACCCUGGGCAGAAUGCGGGUAAGAUCUACUCAGUUUCUGAGGAAGUUGACGAAUAUGAACCAGAAGAAAUAGCUCGUAUAGCAGAAGUACCAGAAAAAGCAGAAUCCUCUGCAAACAAGCAGUUAGAAACAGGUUUGAAAGAAUGUGAUGAUGAACUGGACAAGGAGGUUGUGCAUGAACUGUCUGCUUACUGUGACCCCAGUGAACGCUCUCCAGAGGAUACAGAGAACCCCCAAGAAAUGCCAGGCGAGAAGCAUAAUGAGUCAACAGAGAAGAAUCAGGAAAUUGAAAUAAUGGAGCAUGAAAGUGAAUUGUGACAAUCAAAUCUGUACAGACCAUCAAGGAAUGCUUCAUUUUGUCAAAGUGGUGUCAAUCUAGUAGUAGGACUGACUAAUUACUUGAGCUGUUAUUACAGGAAAAAUGAAAAGUUCUGGUCUUAAACAACAGAAACCCAUCAGAAGUUUUAAAGAGAGAGUCUUUGUAAUCCACAGAGGCAAAAUCUUGAGAGGACAGAAGCUGAAUAUUGCUCUUAUGAGUCUCCAUAGAAUUUUGUUUCAAGAGAAGGAAAAGUGUGCUGGUUCUGAAAACUGGGAAACCCUUGUGUUUGGAAUCAUUUACAUCCUGCCUGAAGGAGAAAGUUUAUUUGUAGUGAUGCAGACUCAGGGAAUGGUGUGCCAGAAUUAAUAGGAUUUGAACACACCUACCAAAUGUCUCCUGUUUCCCUAUGUUAUUAACCCAGUUUUAGGAAGCUCUGUGUGAAGAAACGUAUUACUAUAUUUUGACAUGGCUAACUUGUCUGUUUUCUAAGGCAGGUGGUUUAAAAAAUAUAUGUGAUAGAAACAAUUCAAUAACAACUGUGUGCUGUCCUUUAAGUAUCCUUUCUUAUGUAAAGAGCAAUAUCUAGCAUAGACCCUCUGUUCUGCAGCCUGCCUUAGAGUAUACUGUUGUUUUCAGCACUUUACACUUAAGGAUAUUAUAAUAUGUAUAAAAAGGAAUUUUUAUGGUUUUGAUGCAAAACAGUGUUUCUUUAACAAUUUUUCUAUGCAAAACUUUUCAAUUCCUGAACUAAAAUUGUAACUUUUCUUCUUUCACCCUAUAACUUUAGGAAAUAAUACAUGCAUUCAACAGAGCUUCAUAUUUACUUGUUACUUACAUUCCCUGUAUUUAUUUCUAAAUGUAGUUAGAAAGGGUGUAAUAAUGAAUGAAGAAUGUUCAGAUGAGACCAUUAAACCUUAAGUAUUAUCGUUUUGUGGAUAUGUUCAUUUGAAGUAUAUUCACCUAAUUCUUUGUUUUUGUACCUUAAUGCUACCUGUAUUGCAAUUCUAGGUGUGUGAGCCUCGUAAUUGCACUUGCAAAAGGAAAGUAAAUAUACUUAAUUUAAUUUCAAGAACUUCUGAACUUAACAUAUAAAAAUGUAAUAUAAGGGUAUGCACAGAAAACUCUGCAGUUGUGUAUUGUUUUUAGCCAAAUAUUUAGUGUUAUUCCAUGAAAUUUAAUUACAGUUGACAAUGCACUAUACAAAAUAAAUAAAGCAACAUUAUUUAUUGUC